UUUCGUUGGAUGAUGUGGUGCGUCGUUCUUUAUUAUUUGAAUCGAUAGUGACUGUGCUUCUUCUAUCAUCUAAAAAAAAUAUAGAAAGAAAGAUGGAAAAGAAAAUGUCAGAAAUGUUUUUAUUGGAGGGAUGUACCGCCAAAAGAGAAACAAACCCAAGAGAAAAAGCCGGCAUAAUUUCUAUGCUUUUAUUCCUAUUUACUUAUCCAAUAUUUAAAAAAGGAAUAAAAAAAGAAUUAGAAGAAGAUGAUAUUUACGAACUUUUAAAAGGAUAUGAAUCAGAAAAAUUAGGGUCAAAAUUUGAAAAUCAAUGGAAAAAAGAAUUAAAAAACCCAAAGCCAUCACUUUUAAGAGUUUUAUUUGGAGUAUUUGGCGUUGAAUAUAUGACAUGUGGAUUAAUCCAAGGUGUUAUAAGAACAACUUUUAUGAUUACAAGGCCUUUAGUAAUUGGUCGUUUGGUUGCAUAUUUCGACACAAAAUCGAAUCUAACAAAAUCGCAAGCUUACAUUUACGCAACUCUUUUAAUCGGAAUCACAAUUUUACAAACGAUUUACAAUCAUGGUUACAUGCUUUAUUUAACUCAAAUGGCACAAAAAAUUCGAACCGGUUUAUGCUCAUUAAUUUAUAGAAAAUCAUUAAAACUCAGUACUUCUUCACUUAUCGAAGUGACAAAUGGCAAAAUCGUUACGUUAAUUAGUAAAGAUGUUAAUUUAUUUGAUUUUUCAAUUAUACUCUCUCACGAUAUUUGGGUUGGAGUGAUUCAAGUCGCUUUAAUGACUUACGUUAUGUAUCAACAAAUUGGAAUUUCUGCAAUUCUUGGUGUUGGAUUUUUAUUGUUGUUAAUUCCAUUUCAAUUUUGGGUCGGAAAACAAACUACAAAAAAUCGAUUGAAAACAGCUGCUAAAUCUGAUGAAAGAAUUCGAUUGAUCCAAGAAGUUUUAUCGACCAUAAGGAUUAUUAAGACUUAUUGUUGGGAAAUAUUUUUUUCAAAGCGUGUUUUUGCUAUAAGAAGAGGUGAAAUAUCAAAAUUAAAAAUAAUCUUUUAUUUAAAAGCAACAAUGUUAACGAUAGGAGAUUUAAGCACAAGAUGCUCAAUUUUCGUCUGUUUAAUUUCUUAUUAUCUCCUCGGGAAUCGAAUAACAGCAGAAAAAGCUUUCGUAAUUCUUUCUUGUUAUGGUUCAUUAAGAUCCGUUUUAACCGUAGCCAUUCCAGUUGGAAUUUCUCAAAUAGCGGAUUUAUACUCAUCGAUUAAACGAAUUUCCGCCUUCAUGUUAACACCGGAAGUGAAAGAUACGUCAGAAAAUUCUGGACCGCCUAAAAUCAUUUUGAAAAAUGCUUCGGCGUCCGUGAUUAAAUCAAAAACUGUUUUGGAAAAUAUCACGUUAAAUCUUCAUGUUGGUUUAUAUGGUUUAACUGGACCCGUUGGAAGUGGAAAAUCGUGCUUGUUAAGAUUACUUCUUGACGAUAUCGUUCUAAAUGAUGGUUAUGUUACUGUAAACGGUGCGGUUUCUUAUGCUUCUCAAGAACCGUGGUUAUUUCCUGGAACGAUUCGGCAAAAUAUUUUAUUUGGUUCCAUAAUGGAUGAAAAAAGAUACCAAAAAGUGAUUAAAAUUUGUUGCUUAAAAAUUGAUUUCGAAAACUUUUCUAAAGGUGAUAACACCUUGGUUAAUGAUAGAGGGUUAAAUUUAAGCAAAGGUCAACAAGCAAGAAUUAACUUAGCGAGAGCUCUUUAUAAGAAAGCUGAUAUUUAUCUAUUAGAUAACCCUUUAGCACCCGUUGAUUCUUCCGUUGGAAAUCAAAUUUUUAAAAGCUUCAAAGACUUCCUAAAAGGAAAAUUAGUUAUAUUUUGUACCCACCAAAUACAAUUCUUACAACAAGUUGGCGAAGUUAUUGUUAUGAUGGACGGAAAAAUUCAAGAUAGAGGAAAUUACGAGGAACUUGUUAAAAGAAAUGUUGAUUUAGGAAUUGACUUUGAUGAAAUAACUUCGAACCAGCAUAAAAUUGAUAACAUUGAAGAAAAUGAUGACCUGGAAAAUGAGGAUGCUACAGAAACAGAUUAUUUAUUAAAAUCAGAAAAAAAUUUGCAAUCACCUAAAUUAUAUGGAGAAAAGAAAGAAAUUGGAAAAGUCAAAAACGAAGUUUACAAAACAUACUUAAGUUAUGCGGGUGGUUUUAAAGGAAUGUUCUCGCUUUUAAUAAUUUGCGCUAUUUCGCAAGCUGGUGGAAGUUAUUUUGAUUAUUUUAUAACUCAUUGGAUAGGCGUUGAAAAAGAUUACAACCGACUUUCCGAAUUCAUAAAAAACGAAACGUAUUAUUCAAACGCAACGAUUUUAAGCGAAUAUGAAGACGUCGCCUUAAAAAAAUCUCGAAUUCCAAUGUUGUAUUCGAUCAUUUUAGCCGUAACAGCCAUAGUUCUCACUGGAAAAGCAUUUUUAUACUUCUCUUUGACAAGUAGAGCUUCGCUAAAACUACACAAAGCGACAUUUUCAAAUAUCGUCAAAGCUACAAUGUCCUUUUUUGAUACAAAUCUUUCGGGGAAUAUUUUAAAUCGGUUUUCAAAAGACUUUGCUACCAUUGAUGAAAUGAUACCUUAUAUUUUCUUUGAAUGUCUUCGAAUUCUUUUUGUACUUAUUGGAUCAUUAGUACUCAUCUUAAAAGUCAACUUAGUUUUCGCAAUUCUUUCACUUGCUUUUGGAAUAAUUUUAUUUAUUGUCCGUCAUUAUUAUUUACCAACAAGUCGAAGUUUAAAGAGAUUAGAUAGCAUGACUCGAAGUCCUGUUGUUGGUCAUUUAAAUGCAUCUUUGGAAGGAUUAACAACAAUCAGAGCUAACAAAGCUGAAAAUAUCCUAACAUUACAAUUCGAUCAGCAUCAAAAUCUGCAUUAUUCAACCUAUUAUAUGUAUAUGACAACAAAUCGAGCGUUCGGUUUCUUUUUAGACAUGUUAUGCGCAUUAUAUUUAACAGCAAUAACGUUAAGUUUUAUUAUUUUUGCAUCGUCGACGGCCGCUGAAAACGUUGGAUUGGCAAUAACACAAGCUUUAGGUUUAACCGGUUUAUUACAAUGGGGAAUUCGUCAAUGGGCCGAAUUAGAAAACCAAAUGACCUCGGUCGAACGUGUCCUUGAAUACACAAAAGUGCCAACCGAAAAUACUCAAGGAAUCGCACCAAAAACGGAUUGGCCUUCAAGCGGAAAGAUUGAAUAUAAAAAUGUUUGUUUAAGAUACCCAAAAACGAACGAUUUAAUUUUAAAAGGAGUUAAUUUUUUUAUAAAACCGGGUGAAAAAAUAGGAAUUAUAGGAAGAACAGGUGCUGGAAAAUCUUCGAUUAUUUCAACUUUAUUAAGAUUAUACUCAAUCGAAUCAGGCUCAAUAUACAUCGAUGACAUUGAUAUUAAUGUGGUUGAAUUAAACUUUGUUAGAUCUUCAAUUUCGGUUAUUCCUCAAAAUCCGGUUCUAUUUUCGGGAACGUUAAAAAGCAACCUAGAUCCGGACGUAUUAUACAGCGAUUUUGAUAUUUGGCAAGCAUUAAACGUGGUUAACGUAAAAUCAACGAUCGAAAGCCUUCCCGGUCAAUUGGAUUGUAUAAUAAACGAAGGUGGUUCUAAUUUUAGUGCCGGCGAAAAACAAUUAAUAUGUUUAGCACGUGCCGUGUUAAGAAAAAAUAAAAUAUUAGUAUUAGACGAAGCAACCGCUAACAUCGAUAUUAAAACUGCCAAUCUUAUUCAAGAUACAAUAAAAACGAAAUUUUCUAAUUGCACCACAUUAACUAUCGCUCAUCGAUUACAUUCCGUAAUGAAAUCAGAUCGGGUUAUGGUCAUUUCGGAUGGAAAUGUUGUUGAAUUUGAUGAUCCGCAAGUUUUAAUGGGCGAUUACGAAUCGAGAUUCUAUCAAAUGGUGUCACAAGGAAAUUGGGAAAUGGAUUCAUUCGUGAUCUUCAUCAUCAUGUUUCAAGGGAGCGAACGAAAAAGGGAUGUUAAUCCGAAAGCUAGAGCUGGCAUCUUCUCGUUAAUAACCUUUUUAUAUGCGUUUCCUAUUCUUCGGAAAGGUUUAAAAAAAGAACUCGUUGAAGAUGAUGUUUAUGAAAUAUUAAAUGACUUUAAAUCGAACAAAUUAGGCGAUGAAUUGGAAAAGGAAUGGGAAAUUGAAGCUGUCAAGAAGAAGCCGGCUUUUACUUCCGUUUUAUGGAGGCGAUAUGGAAAUUUAAUGAUUUUUUAUGGGUUGCUCAAAUUUGUUGUUAGAACUACAAUCAUGAUCGUUAAACCUUUAGCUACAGGACGCUUGGUAGCUUAUUUCAGUCCUGGAUCAGAAUUAACUAAAGAUGAUGCAUUUUUUUAUGCAGGAGUUUUAAUUGGAAUGUUAUUGCUAAAUGCAUUUUUCAACCACCAAUAUCAAUUACUCCUGCUACAAGUAGCUCAUAAAAUAAGAAUUUCGAUUUGUUCCCUAAUCUAUAGAAAAUCGUUAAAAUUAACAACUUCGAGUUUGGCGGAAGUAACAAAUGGAAAAAUUGUUACAUUAAUGACUAAAGAUGUGUUAUUAUUCGAACAUAUGAUGCAGUUUGGAAACGACGUUUGGAUUGGAAUUAUCCAAUUAUUUAUAAUGACUUAUAUUAUGUAUAGACAAAUUCAACUUUCCGCUAUUGCGGGAGUUGGAUUUUUAUUGUUGGUUUCACCUUUACAAAUGAUUUUGGCUAAAAUAACCAUGAAAAUUAAAAUGAAAACAUUAGCUAAAUCCGAUGAAAGAAUUCGUUUAUUACAAGAAAUCUUAUCGACGAUUCAAAUCAUAAAAAUUUAUACUUGGGAGAAAUAUUUCAAAAAAUUAGUGGAUUCCAUUAGAAAAAGCGAAAUUGGUAAAAUCAAAGUAACUUAUUACGUGAAAAUGAUAGCUUUAACAGUUGGUGGAAUGAGCACAAAAAUUUCUUUUUACAUCUGCAUGAUUACAUAUAUUUACCUCAAUGACAGUAUAACCGCAGAAAAAGCUUUCGUAAUACAAAGUUGUUACUCAACAGUACAACACAUCAUCACAGUAACCGUACCAAUUGGAAUUUCCCAAAUCGCCGAAGUAAAAUCAUCGAUUAAACGCAUUAAAAGUUUAUUAUUAGCGAAAGAAACCGUCCAAACCAAAAAAAUCAUCACCGAUAAACCCGAAGUAAUCGCUAAAAAUGUUACGGCUGAAAUUUUACCUGAAAAACCUGUUUUGAAGGAUGUUAAUUUAAAUUUAAAGAGAGGUAUUCAUGCUGUGACUGGAGAGGUUGGUUGUGGAAAAUCAACUUUAUUAAAAAUGGUUUUGAAUGACUUAACGAUAACUGAUGGGCAAUUAGAAGUAAACGGCACCGUUUCGUAUGCUUCGCAAGAUCCUUGGCUGUUUCCAGGAACUAUAAAACAAAACGUUUUAUUUGGACAACCAUUCAAUGAAAAACGAUAUAAAGAAGUUUUAAGUGUUUGCGGUUUAAUUAGAGAUUUAGACAGAAUGAAACGCGGUGAUAGAACUUUAGUAAGCGAUCGAGGUUUAAAUUUAAGUAAAGGUCAACAAGCUAGAGUUAAUUUAGCUAGAGCAAUCUAUAAAGAUGCUAACAUUUAUCUUUUGGAUAGUCCUUUAUCUGCUUUAGACGCAAACGUUAGUAAACACGUUUUCCAAAGUUGUUUAAAAUCAUUUCUUAAGGACAAAUUAGUUAUUAUUAUAAUGCAUCAAGUGCAAUUUUUAAAAGAAGUUGAUUCCAUUUCUGUUAUGGAAGAUGGAACUAUUAAACAUCAAGGAACUUUCUCUGAAUUAGAUAAGAAAGGUGUUGAAUUAGGAAGCGAUUUUGUUGAGGAUGGUGCUAAAGAUGAAAACUUUGAAGUUGUUGAACCGCAAUAUGAUGAUUCCGAUGAUUCUGAAACAACAAAAUUACUUACACAAUCAGCUAUGAGUGUUGGUGCACCCUCUAAAUUGUAUGCUGAACAUAAACAAGAAGGAAAAGUUGCUUGGAAAGUUUAUAAAAAAAUGUUUUCUUAUGCCGGGGGGUGGAAAAGUAUUCCAUUCUUUCUCAUAAUUUGUGUUUGUGGACAAAUAUUUUCAAGUGGUUUUGAAUAUUUCUUAUCAUAUUGGAUUAACAUCGAAGAAGGCAUAACAGUUAUGAAAAAUAACGGAACAACAAAUACAACAGAAUUCUUUAUUUUGGAAAAGAAAAAGGCUUUGGUUCCAAUUAUGUACUCGGCAAUUUUAGGAAUUGCAACAUUAUUAAAUUUUGUUGGUGCUAUUAUAAUGUUUAUAAUGUGUGGUGCCGCGAAUAACAAAUUACACAAAAAAUCAUUUUGGAAAAUCUUAAAAGCACCAAUGUCAUUUUUUGACCAAAAUCUUUCCGGAAAUAUUCUUAAUCGAUUUUCUAAAGAUGUUUCAAUUGCAGAUGAAGUUAUACCAUUCUUAUUUUAUCAAAUUAUUAGAAUUGGAUUUGUGUUGUUAGGAGUUAUUGCUUUAAUGACAAUAGUUAAAAGAGAAUUCUUACUCGUAUCAAUAGUCUUUAUGAUCGCACUUUAUAUUUGUAGAUGCCUUUAUUUGCCAACAAGUAGAAGUUUGAAGAGGUUGGAUGGAACAACAAGAGCUCCCGUAAUCGGCCACCUAAACGCAUCUCUUGAGGGUUUAAUAACAAUAAGAGCAAGUGGAGCACAACCAAUUUUAACCGAUCAAUUCGAUAGUCAUCAAGAUUUACACAGUUCAUCAGCUUACAUGUACAUGUCAACAAACAGAGCUUUCGCUUUUUAUUUAGAUAUGUUAUGCGUCUGUUAUUCAACGAUAAUCAUGUUGACACUCGUUAUUUUCGCUGGAACUAAUGCAGGUAAAGUUGGUUUAGCUGUUACCUUAUCGUACGGUUUGAGUCAACUUCUCCAAUAUGGAAUUCGUCAAUGGGCCGAAUUGGAGAAUCAAAUGACGUCUGUCGAAAGAAUUUUAGAAUAUUCCGAAGUGAAAGAAGAAGAUGAUUCCGGCGAUAAACCGGAUCAUUGGCCAUCGAAAGGAAUGAUUACUUAUAAAAAUGUUCAUUUAGUUUACCCAAAAACGAACGAGCUAAUUUUGAAAGGAAUUACAUUUAACGUUGAUCCAGGUCAAAAAAUUGGAAUUAUCGGCCGAACUGGAGCCGGAAAAACUUCUAUCAUUUCAGCUUUAUUCAGAUUAUAUUCGAUUGAAAACGGAAUUAUAAACAUCGAUAACAAGAAUGUACACAAUUUAGCUUUGAAAUACGUAAGAUCAAGGAUGUCAAUUAUCCCACAAAAUCCAGUUAUAUUUUCGGGAACUUUAAGAAGCAAUUUAGAUCCUUACGAAGAAUACACAGACGCUGAAAUUUGGAAAGCCUUAGGAGAAGUUAAAUUAAAAGGGGUCGACUUGGAUGAUAAGAUAAACGAUGGAGGAAGUAAUUUUAGUGCAGGGCAAAAACAAUUAAUUUGUUUGGCAAGGGCUAUUUUGAAAAAUAAUAAGAUAAUCGUUUUGGAUGAAGCCACCGCUAACAUCGACCCACAAACGGAUGUACUCAUUCAAGAAACGAUCAAAAGGAUUUUCGCCGAUUGUACGAUUCUAAUGAUUGCUCAUCGCCUUAACACAGUUUUAACUGCUGAUAAAGUAAUGGUCGUUAAUAGUGGAGUAAUAGUUGAAUUUGAUACUCCAAGCGAAUUAUUAAAGAAUCCUAAUAGUAGCUUUUAUCAAUUGGUUUCGCAAGCUGGGUUAUUAAAAUCUUAAAUUAAUUUAAUUCUUCAGUGAAGAAUUAGAAAUGAACAAAAAAUUUUAAUUUGUUUUAUUAAA